AUGUCGCUUUGCUGUUCACUCAGUAACGAGGUCCCUGAAGAGCCUGUUUUAAGCCCGAGAUCGGGUCACAUCUUUGAGCGCCGUCUUAUUGAAAAGUACCUCGCUGAAACUGGCUGUGAUCCUAUAAAUCAGCAGCCUCUCUCCCCUGAGGAACUAAUUGAGGUUAAAACAUCGCCUUUAGUGCGUCCAAAACCGCCAUAUGCCACCUCAAUUCCCGCCAUACUCAAAACUCUUCAGGAUGAGUGGGAUGCUGUUAUGUUGCAUUCGUUUACCCUCCGUCAACAGCUUCAAACAGCUAGGCAGGAGCUCUCACACGCCCUUUAUCAGCAUGAUGCUGCUUGUCGAGUGAUUUCAAGACUGAUGAAGGAGGUUACUGCCGCCCGAGAGGCUUUGGCUACGUUGAAACCACACACAGGUAUCGGUGCUGCCGCUCAACUUGCUGUGCAGGCGCAGGACGUUUCUGAACUGCAAGAAGAAGUCGGUUUGUCGGAGCAGGUGAUUACACGUCUUCAGGAACGCGCCGCCCAACUGACUGAAGAGCGCAAGAAGAAGGGUAAGACAAUGCCAGAGGGUCUGGCAAGGUCACGCGAUAUCUCCGAGUACAAGCAAAUUGCCUCUCUGGUGGGCAUGCAUUCACCCAGUAUUCCAGGCAUUCUCUGCUUAGAUGCGAGCAAAACCGCACCAGAGCGCAUCAUCACUGGCGGAAAUGAUAAGAAUGCCGUUAUCUUCAACACACAAGCCUCUCAAGUGGUGUCAAUUCUACGCGGACAUACGAAGAAGGUGACACGAGUGGUAUAUCAUCACAGCGAGCAGCUGGCCUUUACCGCCUCGCCGGACUGCACGGUGCGUGUAUGGGGGGUAGAACAGGCGCAGUGCGCUUCAAUAAUCCGCGCUCACGCUGGUCCUGUUACUGGUCUCUCUCUUCAUGCCAUCGGUGAUUACCUCCUUUCCUCCUCCGCCGACGGCCAGUGGGCCCUCAGCGACCUUCGACGCGGACAGGUCCUUGUCAGAGUAACCGUGGAAAAGGGCUUGACCUGCGCCCAGUUCCACCCGGAUGGCCAGAUCCUAGCUACUGGAACGGUGGACGGUGAGGUGAAGAUUUGGGACAUUCGAGAACGGCGCAACGCGGCCAACUUCACUCACGGCAUGGGUGCCAAUCAACCACUCACCGCGGUUUCCUUCUCUGAAAAUGGCUACUACCUUGCCACCGGCGGUGCCGAUGGUCAAAUUAAGCUAUGGGAUCUGCGCAAACUGAAGAACUUUAGGACUCUCCAGCAACACCCAUGCUUAAUUUGUUUUUCUCUCCAGACUCCUGAGCUGGAUCGAUCCGGGUGCUAUCUUGCAGUUGCAGGAAGCGACGUCCGCGUCUACCUCUGCAAACAAUGGGAUGAGUUAGCGACGUUCACGGCGCAUACCUCCCCAUCCACUGGUGUUCGGUUCGGCCCCAACGCUAAAUCAAUUAUAUCAUGCAGCCUCGACCGCAGUGUCAAAAUUUAUAGUGCCGGGCCAGGUGAGGCAGGCGAUGGAGACUCGGCCAUGGAAACGUAG